AUGAAGCAUGAUGACUUGCGCAGCGCCUUCAAAAGGACCGAGGUGGACGAGAAGGCCGACUUUCAAGAGAGUUUGAACAAUUUCGUGGGUGGAGCAUACACCGAAUGGCCCAACGAAGCUGGUUUUGACGGACUCACCGAAGAGCGUGGGCCGAUUGAAGUUCCAGUCGCGGGCCAGAUCCCGAGCUGGGCGGCUGGGAGCCUAUUUCGGACUGGGCCGGGCAUUUACAAGAUUGAGGGCACCUCUGUUGGAACCUUUUAUACGUCACACUGGUUUGACGGGCUUGCCCACACCCACCGUUUCGACAUUGUGUCCGGCGACCAGGGGCCUGUCAAGGUCUUUUACUCGUCACGUCGUCAGUCGGAGCAGAUGAUGGAGCAUAUCAAAGAGAACGGCGGCCGCAAGUAUUACAGCUUUGGACAACGCAGCGACCCCUGCCUGGGCCUGUUCUCCAAGAUUAUGAGUUCAUGGCAAGCCGCGCGAGUGCCGCAAGACGAAAAGUGGAUAGAGAACAUCAACGUUGUCGUUCACCCCGACCUCCCUGGGCUGGACGCUGCGGCAGGAAACCUUGUCGACACGGGGAAAGCCCAAGCGCGUCUGCCAACAGGCAAGACCGCUGUCACCAUCACAGCUGGUGGCCAUCGCGCAGCGACUCUGAAGAACCUCUGGAUUGCGACCGACAACGCAAUGCUGAAACAAGUUGACCCGGAAAGCCUUGAGCCGAUUGGCUUCACGACCCAGAAGACGUUGCAUCCCGAUCUCAAGGGGCCCCUCUCCUGUGCACAUGCGCAACGGGACCCCGAUACCGGUGACCUGUUCAACUGGAACCAAGAAUUUGGUCGACAGACGGUCUACAGAAUCUUUCGCGUCAAAGCGGCAACUGGCGAAACAGACGUCAUGGCCACCAUCCAGGGCCCGGGCGUCAAGGCUGCGUAUAUUCACAGCUUCUAUCUCACCCCAAGCUUCGUGGUGCUUUGCAUCCCUAGCUCACAUGUCGGUCUUGGCGGCAUCAAGAUUGCAUGGGAGCGUAAUGUGAUUGACGCAAUCGAGCCGUUCGAUUCGCAUAAGAAGUGCAAGUGGUUUGUGGUUGACCGACUGCACGGAAAGGGAGUCGUGGCAAGCUUUGAAACAGACGCCGGCUUUUUCUUCCAUACUGUUAAUGCCUUUGAAGAGCAAGAUGUGGUGGAUGUUCGGGAUGGCACGACGAGUCUGUUUUGCGAUGUUAUUGAGUACGCCAGUCUCGAUGUCAUGUCAAGCCUCUACUACGACGUGCUGCUGCAAAAAGACAAGGCCGCCGAAAAGUUCUGGAGCAACGACCAGAGGGCACGUGAUACCAUGACACACAUGGCGCGCUAUCACUUCCGAGUUCCGUCUCCUACCGAAGAAACUAAGAUGGAUGGCGCGACUCCAAGCCAGGCAGUAGCGAAGCAGCUCGACAUACCCGCACCACAUUGCGGCGAGCUUCCCACCAUCAACCCCAACUUCGCAACGAGACGCCACCGAUAUGUGUACAGCUUGCCGUACUGGGGUCGCAGCACUUCUAUGGACGGCAUUGUCAAGACGGACACGCUGACACGCGAGGCUCUCUUCUGGGACAUACCUCCAGGCCACAGCCCGGGCGAGGCAAUUUUUGUGCCCCGUCCAGGCGGCACAGAUGAAGACGACGGCGUCCUGUUGAGCGUCGUGCUCAAUGGCAACACCCGAACAAGCUUCCUUCUCUGUCUCGAUGCGAAAACAAUGGUGGAGGCUGGGCGGGCCGAGGUGGGAUUUGCCGUAGCCUUUGGGUUCCAUGGGACUCACGUUGCUGCCUGA